GACACUCGGACAGACUCUGUGCUCACGCUUCCUCCUAGGCCUAACUUCGGGAGGAUUGAUGGCUGCUAUCAUCCCGCUAGUUGCCGAGCUCCUUCCAGCGCGCCGGCGCGGCUUCUACCUGACUGUGUGGUGCUGUGGAAGGCCUGCGGGUGCACUGCUAGCCGUCAUCCUCAGCUGCUUAUUGCCAAGACUGGACUGGACCAAUUUCGUGUUCAUGAUGUCGGCGCCGGCAGUGGUCCUCUACGUCCUUUGCCGGUUGGAUGUCAUGCCAGAAUCUCCACGUUACCUCUACCUGGCCGGCCGUCGAGAAGAAGGCUUCCUCACCUUGGCGGAGAUGUAUGACAAGGAGAUGAUGUGUCUCCCUUGGGGGCCAGACUCCGUGUCCUUAACGACAUCCUCCGAGGUCAAGGAGGUCAAGUCCGGGCUGCGGUCUCUUGCACAUUCUGAUGCAGCCAUAACUGCCUGGCUGUGCCUCGUCAUUUUCUCCAGCCACUGCGCGUCACAGUGCAUGCGGGCGUGGAUACCAAUGAUCCUCGCGACGGGAUCCUCGCACCAAUCACCGGUGAUGCUGCUGGCACUGUCCCUGCUACAGGCAGAGAGCCCUCAGCCGCACCCAUCGCCUGGCUUGGACCGACAUUUGGUGAUGGUGGCAGCCCAGGGCUACAUGCUGGAGAUCUGCGGCAUCGUUAUUUGUGCUGCAAUUUCGUUCGCCCUCACCCGACGGCUCCUGGUGCGUGGGGCGCUGUGCGCAGCGGCCGUGCUCGCCAUUGCGGCAACACUGGCAGAGCGCCGAAAUCUGUGGGUGACCGCUGGACCGCUCUAUGGGCUGGCACUCGUUGCCAAUGCUGCGGCAGCUAACUUUCUUCUCGUGUUUGCGUGCGAGCGGUUCCCCACAUCCUCGAGGGCCAGCGCAGUUGGGCUCGUUCUUUUCUUUGGCCAGGUCGCCGAGCUCUUUGCACCCUCCAUGGGGGUUAUUAUGCUGAACCGGUUCUCUGUGCAGUCGGCGGUGCUUGCCUUUAACAGCUUGUACUUCGUGGCCUUCCUCCUUUCUUUCCAACUUCCCCUCCCUGGGCAUCACGAACGCACCCUCCACGACAUCGAGGCUUGGUUCUCGUGCCUUGAAGAUAGUGGACCGAGGGAUGUGUGA